UGACUGUUAUGGCUGCCUGCUUGAAACACAAUCAGCGAUCAGGGAAGUAACUAUGAUCGCGGAAGUGAAGUGUUCUGCUACACUGAAUCGUUAGAGGCAGAUAACAAUGAAGAUUUGGAGAAAAACUGAUAGUCGUACUAAACUUGGAGUUGCCAUCUACAACUUCAGUGAGAAUGGCGAGCACCGCCUUCAGCUUGAUAUUGGGGACACAGUGCAUAUCUUGGAAGAAGCAGAUGAUUGGUUUCGGGGUUAUGCAACCAAGAACAAAUCUAAAAAGGGCAUAUUUCCUCGAAACUACAUUAAUCUGAAGGAAGCGACAGUCCAUGUCAGCGGGUCUCAUGAAACCAUCAAGAGUAAAGAACAUCCUCUGGUCAUAGAAUUGUCAAAUGUUGUCAGAGAAUGGCAUGCAAUAUGGAAACAGAUGUUUGUGGAAAACAACCACCAGCUAGAGAAUGUUCAGAAGAUGAUUGGAGAGCUCAUAGAAUGGAGAAAGAAGAUAUUGGCUCGGAUCUUCACAGUGGAUGAGAUGAAGGGUGUUCAACAGAAAGUAACCUCCCUCAUAGAUCAAGGCAAUGCACUGUUAAAGCUUGACUUGGUGGUGAGAGAUGAGCGAGGCAAUGUUCUCAACCCAGAGCAAACAAGUGUUAUGGAAAUAUACAGAAGUCAUAUUGAUGCAGCUGAAAGGAUCCACAAGGAAACACACAAACGAGACAGUGAUAUAGAAGCUCGCCCCAAUUGGCCAUCGUCAUUCAAUCUGUAUGUGAUGCUUAGGAACUUUGUCUGCAAGAUUGGGGAAGAUUCAGACAUCAUGAUGAAUCUGUUUGAUGCUAAAGAAGAACGGUUCAUCAGUGAAAAUUACCUGGUACAAUGGACCAAAAAUGGAAUGCCAAAAGAGAUUGAAAUGUUGAACAAUUUCCGUGUUGUGUUCACGGACCUUGGUUCCAAAGACAGGCUACGAGAUAAAGUGUUCCUUGUUCUUCAGAUCAUAAGAAUAGGUGUCAUGGACCCGAAAUAUGCUGACAGCAAAAAGCAGACACAGGGUAUUCGCCGCCCAUUUGGUGUGGCAGCUAUGGACAUCAGUGAUAUCAUGCAGGGGACAAAGUCCAGCUCAGAGGAUAACCAGUUCUUUAUACCAUUUCUGCAAUGUGGUGAAAAAGAGUUUAUGUACAGUGUGAUUAAAAAGGCCAUCUCUGCACGAGAGAUCAACCAUCGGGGACAGGGGAUAUGGGUGUCCCUGAAAAUUCUUCCUGGUGACAUGAAACAGGCACGUGAAGGUUACCCUCAUCUAGUCUUGCCUGGUACAGCUAUGGCCAGGAAAAUGGGCUUCCCAGAUGUUAUCAUGCCAGGCAUUGAGGAUGGUGAUGUUCGAAAUGACAUCUAUCUGACUCUCAUGAAUGGAGAGUUCACAAAGGGGCCAACAAAGACGACAGACAAAAAUGUUGAAGUCUGCAUGUGUGUCUGUAAUGGCAAAGGCGAAGUACUACAGAAUGUAAUCAGCCAAGGAUGCAGUGAUCCUUUGGGUCCUGAGUACAAGUCCAUUGUUUACUAUCAUGAGGACAAACCCAAGUGGUUCGAGACCGUCAAGGUUGCAAUCUCCACAGAGGUUGAGUUUAGAGGGCUCCAUCUAAAAUUCUUAUUCCGUCACAAGUCAUCACAGGAAGCCAAAGAUCGUGGAGAGAAACCGUAUGCUAUGUCAUUCAUUCGGCUGCUUAAUGAAAAUGGCACGACUCUUGAGGAUCAGGUUCAUGAGCUACUGGUUUAUAAGAUUGAAAACCGUCGCCAUGACGAUGUGAAUGCAUACUUCAAGCUGCCAUGCACUAAACAAGAGCUGGAGGCUCAGGGGAGCCAGUCCAACAACAAACAUGCUGGGAGCUUCACUCUGAGUCACAAGGACUCCUUCCUGCUGUAUACCUAUGUCUGCUCCACAAAGCUCACGCACAAUGUGGAUCUGUUGGGCUUGUUGAAGUGGCACGAGAAGCUGGGCAACACAAAGGCUCUCAAGACCCAUCUAGAACAUUUGAUGAAGGAGGAAGGAGAAGAAAUUGUCAAGUUUUUACAAGAUCUGCUGGAUUCACUUUUCAACAUCUUGAUGCAGAAUACAAACAGUGAGCUCUGUGACAACCUGGUCUUUGAUGCAUUGGUAUAUAUCAUAGUGUUGAUCUCAGAGCGCAAAUAUUCUCAGUUCCGACCGGUGCUUGAUGCCUACAUUGACUCUGCUUUCAGCUUUGCCAUGGCAUACAACAAACUGAUGGUUAUCCUCAAGGACUAUGUGGACAAAGCCAAUGAGAAGACACCCCAGAGUGAAAACUCUCUGCUCCCUGCUGUCAAAUCCCUGGAGUACAUCUUCAAGUUUAUCAUCAAGUCCAGAUACCUUUUUUCCAUAAUCAACGAUGGCCGGGGCAAGCAGCAGUUUGAGAUAUCCUUGAAGCAGCUCAUCACGGCUAUCAACAACAUGAUGGUCUAUCGUACAGACAACACUCUGCUUGUGCAGGGAGCUGCUCUCAAAUACAUGAGUUCUGUUAUUGGAGACGUCAUAACUGUAUUUGACCCGGUGGAACUGAGUCAACUUCUGGUCCAAUUUGUGGAUAAUGUUCCUCCAGAGCGACUCACGAAGCAGAAAAUGAAGUGCAUUGACUCUAUCAUACAGACAGAUCUCUUCACAUUGCCCCGGUGCCGCUAUGUGCUGCUGCCAGCAUUCCUUCAGCACACUCACAAACUGAUGGAGGCCAAUCAAGAGAUGGAAGAGUGCGUCUCUAUGCUCAGUCACACCAUGGUGCGGCUCUGGAACUGUGAUAGCUCCAGGGAUGUUGACAUUUCCCUCCUGAUGGAGAAAGUUCUGCGGACUGUGAUACAGGCAGUGAUCAAUAUGGACCAGUCCAUGAAGCAAGUGCAAACAAUUAAAAAUCGUAGGCUGGAGCAAUUCUUUGGUCACCAACCUCCGCCCAGCGUUUCUUUUGAAUCGGUCAAUGGCAACUGUGUGGCGGUGAUGGUGAGCAUGCUGCGCCAGAUGACAGACCUUCACUACCGCAACUACAUCCUGAGCUUCCCGACCUCCGUUGACUUGAUGGACUUCCUCAUGGAGAUCCUGUGUGUGUUCCGCGACCUGGUCAACCGCAAGGUCUACCCCACCGACUGGCUGGAGAUGAUCAUGAUACAGAACUGUGUCCUCCUGCGUGCCUUGAGGUUCUUUGCUUCCACUAUUCAUGAACAUUUCUCUGCUCCCUUUGAUCAGCAAGCUCAGCAGUUGUGGAACAAUUUCUUUCACUGUGCCAUUGCUUUCCUGACUCAAGAUGCACUACAGCUGGACAACUUUUCUCAAUCCAAGAGGAACAAGAUCACAUCUAGAUACAAGGAUAUGAGGAGGGAGACAGGGUUUGAAAUUCGGGCCAUGUGGUUCAAACUAGGUGACAACAAGAUCAAGUUCAUCCCUGAGCUGGUAGGGCCCUUCCUGGAGAUGACUCUUAUCCCAGAGACAGAGCUCAGAAAAGCAACAAUUCCAAUCUUCUUUGACAUGAUGCAGCACGAAUUCAUGCAGCCGAUCCCAAACUCUAACAGAGUACAGGGAAACUUCAAUGAGUUUGAAAAUGAGAUGAUCACCCAGCUGGAUGCUCUGAUAGAGGGAGGCCGUGGGGACGAGCAGUACAUGCAACUCUUCUCAGAAAUCAUGGCCCAUCUGUGUGAGGGCAACCCCACCCUGUGUGAGCCAAGCCUGCAGUUUGUAUCAACCAUUCAUGACCUACUAGAGCGACUCAUGGUCUACCGCACCAUCAUACAGGACGAGGUGCGGGAACACCGCAUGAGCUGCAUCGUCAAUCUGCUGGACUUUUAUCACGACAUCAAUAGGCAAGAGAUGUACAUUCGCUACUUGCACAAACUGUGUGACCUUCACCUUGGCUGUGACAAUUACACAGAGGCUGGUUACACGCUUCUUCUCUAUGCCAAACUCCUCCAGUGGAAUAAUGAGGCCUUGGCUCCUAUGCUGUACUACAACAAAUACCCUACUGCCAGCACCCACAGAGAGCUCAAAGAAAAACUGUACUAUGAUAUCAUCUCACAUUUUGAGGCUGGCAAGAUGUGGGAGAAAGGCAUUGAGCUAUGUGAAGAGCUGUGCCAGUUGUACAGAGAGGAGCUCUUUGACUACGAGAGCCUGAGCAAAAUCUUGAAGCGACAAGCUGAACUGUACGACUGUAUCCUGAAGCAAGUCCGCCCGGAGCCUGAGUACUUCCGUGUGGGGUACUUUGGGCAGGGGUUCCCUUCUUUCCUGCAGAACAAAGUGUUCAUCUACCGAGGGAAAGAGUACGAGAGACUAGCAGACUUUAACACCAGGAUGCAGACGCUGUUCCCUCAUGCUGAGUUGAUGCGUACGCUGGAUCCCCCAUCAGAUGAAGUCUUGAAUUCACGAAGGCAAUUCCUGCAGAUCAAUGCAGUCACACCUGUGAUGGAGUUGAAAGAGAGGUUCUUGAACCGGAACAUCAAUGAACAAAUCCUCAAGUAUUAUCGGGUCAAUGGAGUAGAGCAGUUCACGUUUUCCAGGAGAUCCGAAGAAAGCUCCAGUGAUGUUACGAAAAUGUGGCUGGAGAGGACCAACAUGAAGACUUCUUACUCCCUUCCUGGCAUAGUGGGCUGGUACCCAGUGAUGGAAGUGGAGUCGGUGUCUGUGAGUCCUAUUGAGAACGCCAUUGAGACAAUGGAGGAGAAGAACAAGAAGCUGGUGACAACCAUUGAGCAGCACAGACAAGAUGCUCGUCUACGAGUCGACCUGCUGGGCAUGCAGCUCAAUGGAGUGGUGGACCCAGCUGUCAGUGGAGGCAUUGCCAACUACAAGGAUUUCUACAUUGGAGAUUUUGAUCCUAUCCUCCAAGAGAGAUUAAAAGAGGCCACAAUUGAGCAGCCGGAGAAAGUAUCAGACGCUCAGAGCCCCCUCUCCCGCAGCCUCCACCUCCAGGAACCCGACGAGUCGGUCGCAGUCAGUGUUUGUCAAGGACAAGUCGUCAUCGAGCAGUGCCGGUAGCAAGGUCAGCAUCCAGUCCAAGGUCAGCCUCUCGCUGAAGAAGCGCGUCUCACAAGUCACUGAGCAGUUUGCUGAUGUGUCACUGCGUAACUCUAUCGACUCACCACCCAUUGAGCUUAGUGAACAGUUGACCCCUAAACGACCCCCACGGCCAGACACGGAGCGCAGACCCAGCAGACCACCAAGUGUUCAAAUGAAGCUGGAGAACAUGCGGGAUAAAUCUGGGAGUGUGAACAGCCUUACCUCAUCGCGGUCUGGUGGAACGUUUACCUCACGUCUCUCUGAUGCCAGCGACACUGACUUUGCUGGCGGUGAACCUCCUCCCUUGCCAGAUAAACAGUCACACGCAGAGGGAGACAUCAUGCGACCUGACAGGGAAGCCGGUCGGCGAGCGUCUUCUGUCAGCCAAGCUGGCAACAGGCAGAAGCCCCCGCCCCCUCCCCCACCAACACUGGAUGAGGAUGACAUACCUCCUGCCCUUCCUCCCAAACCUUCGCACUGAUGUCGAGAGGCAUCCUCACCAUGCUCACCGGAAUGUUCUCUCACCCUUUGAGAUGAUCCCAUGCAAGACACGCUCACACCUCCAUGCUUUGCUCUGUAUAGCCAUGCUGUCCAAUAGAGAAAGACUGUGGCCCCUCCACUCAGGUCUCUAGAGUCUUAGAGAACUCACGGGGGAUGGUUGCCACACAAGAAUGGAAAGGCUGUUUGUUGACGUCGUCGCGCACACAUUUGUUGCCUGGUGCGAUGAUGCAUCACCACCACCACCACCCCUCUGAUUCUGCCCAUUAAAGCACCUGGCACUGUGGUGUAGACUCUCUCAGGAUUGCAUGCCUCUCAUCCACGACUUGCAUUACCAACAAAAUGUGCAAAUGGGAGAUGAAUUCAUCCUAUAUAUACUCAAUGUAUGCGUACGGAUCUUUCAUAUGUGUAUGUGCACCCACAUAUUUAUAGACAUGAUAGCAAGAUCAAUGUUCCAUGUGUAUGUCAGUCUGUUUGCAUGUUCAAAUGUUUUACCAUUUCCCUCCUUUUGCCAUGUAAAUGUUAUUUUUAAGGGAAGUGGCUUUCAUUUCACUCUUUUGCAAGUUGUAGAUUUCACUAGUCAAUUUUUUUCAUUACUUUUACUUCACUGAAUGCAGAGCUGCUGUUUUGCUUUUCUUUUCUUUUUGGCACUCAAAGGACUUUUAGAGGUGUUUUCUUGUUCUGAAUUCCCAGACACGCAGUAGAAAGGUAGAAAUGGUAUGUUCUUGGCUAAUUGGACAUAACCCACUUGAACAGUGUUUUGACUUCAUAUUUCGCAAACUAGUAACAAUUCUCACAAUGUUUUGCACCAGUUCUCUCGAUCUUCACUUCCAUACAACAGUUACGUCCUGUUUUGAACGUACUUUUAUGCUUUAUCCCAAAAAAGAUUUAGGGGUUCCCGCACGUGGAGCAAGACAAGUGUUCUGUUUCUCGGAGAGAGUGGCCCAGGUUGAUGUGUGUGUGUGGGAUCUGUCCACAGGUAGAGGGAGAUCCCCAGGCAUGUGUGCCCGAGUCGGCUCAACAGAGUUAAGGUCACUUUGUCCACAUAGAUUUGAAGAGACUUUUGGAGAAGACUGUAGCGAGGGGCGAUGACAUCGUUCUGGUCUUCUGUCAAGCUCUCCCACAUUCAAUGUUCCUACAGAGAAGUGUUUUAUUUUUUUGUGGUUAUGUUAAUCUUUUGAAUAUGGCUGUGUUGAACAUUUUGGUUCCUGCUCUGUAUUCCUGGUACUGGAUGCACCGGUGACCCAAGCAGCCAACAGGGAGUAAAGUGUUAGAAUGAUGCUAGUACGCACUUUGCAUGUUUAUAAAAUGUCUUGAAAGAGUAUUGGUCAUAUAUAUAGACUGGACUGUGCUGUUGUUUCUGAGUUAAGACCCUCGUAGCAGAUAGAGAACUGAUCAAGCUGUACAAGACCCACUGAGAGGUACUCAGGAAAAGAUGGCUAUGGAUGAAUCUCUGUAUUUACUUCUAUGCACUCAAGAAGUUUGUUUUACACUGUCAUCAUAAAGACUCUCAGAGGGUUAGGAGAGGGUAGGUCCCCUUUUCUUUCAGGUUUUCUUUAGCAUGUCUGUUUUGUUCCCUUCUCCAAGCUUUAAGCCACAAUCUUUUUAUGUGUUCAGUCUUUUGUAGACCUCCCGUAGUGAAAAGAGCUUCCCGUCUGCUUCCUGUUCUUUGAUGAUGGACAGGAAUUCAUUAUGGAAAUGUCCAUGUUUCUGAUGGAAUUCACCGUUUGAUCAGUUAAGAAAUAAGUAUCUGGAAGUCUUGUCAGAUAGUUGUUAUUGGAAGAACUGUUUAUUUGUUAAGUGAAAUUCUUAUCUGGAUGUUCAUUGUAUUAUUUUAAUGUAUGUUUAAACUUGAAGUGUUUCUGUUUGGUGUUUGUUGGUUGAUGUGAAGCUAUGUCUCUUCUGUAUGAUCAUUCAAAUGACUAUGUCAGCAAAGGCAGCUGUUAUCUUGCACACUUCAGAGCACAAAGGGGCCUUCAAGUCUUCAAGUUUCAUAAUAUAUGACAAACUCAUACAUUGUCAUUUCACCAAGUGCUGCUUCCAAAUCAUUGUCUUCACCUUCAUUUCAGUCCAAAGGCUCAGAGCACUGGAAUAUGCUGUUAUGAAUCCAUGAGAAUUUUUUAUUCCUAUUUUGUAAGAAUAUUAUCAACCGCUAAAAGAUACCAAAGCGGGACUGUUAAAUGUUCCACCCACGAAGGGUAACAAUCUGCUGCUUGUGGCGCCAUUUUUUUCUGAUUGUGGUGUUUAGUCUGGAGUCUAGUAAUGUUACAACUUUUGAACAAGAAGGAGGAGUCUGAUGCAUAAUGAGCAUGCCAUCUUUGUGAUGUUUGCUUGUUGACAUUCUUUGACUUGUUUCUAUUCCUUCAUCUCUCACCAUAUACCAAUGCUGUCAUUAUUACUCGUUUUCAAACGCAUGUUGUGCAUGAUUGCUGGUGCUAAUUUAUACAUCUUGUUACAAUUCCAAAAGUCAUAUAUGCAUUUUGUGUGGUUUCUUGUUGCUAGGUGUUUGGAACUUUCUUCUUUUAAGUGCCACAGAUAAAGACAAUAGUAUGAACCAAUGCAACCAUGAAAGAUGAGCCGAGUUUAUGGUGAAGAUUUUCAGUGUGUUACUCUUAUGUGUUUGCGCCUUUAUGGCUUUUUAUAUUGUUCUCUGUUUAUAUUUCACAUUGAGGUAUGAUGAACGUUUAGGAUCAUUGUAUUAUGUCGUGAUGAUUGGAUACUGUUUUCUCUUAUGUGUUUUUUGUCUUUAUUGUUUUAGUUAAGUCUCUUGUUGAGGAAGGUUGGACAUUUACCAUGUAGACUGAGAAUAGAGCGCAAAGCUGAGCUUUUGCAAUUUCUCAAUAUGAAAUUAGUCACACAUGGGUGUGAAAAAUGAGUAUUAGAGUUCAAAUGUUUGUGUGGGAGGAUCUUUGGAAUGUAUAGUGUGUGUUUGUGAGAAGUGAGUAGUCUGGAAUGGAAAAAUAUUCAAUGAGGAAAAGUAAAGAGUAAGACUAGGUGAAUGGCUGUCAUUUCUCUCAACGAUAUAGUCUCAUUCCUCUCUUUGUGCAAGGUAUAAAUGUAUAAUUACUUUUUUUGUUCUGUGUACUCCAUGCUAAUUUUAUUUUUUUUGUCAAUGUAAUUAGUAAGGCAUUUUUCACUUCCAUCAUGUCUCUUUCAUUUAAUCUCAGAAUCAUUUCCUGAUAUUUAAGCCAAAAGCUUUGAACCAAAAUAUAUUAAAAACUUUGAUACACACAAAAUGUUAUAAUUUCCUUUAUUCUGUACCUUUAUUUGGGUCUGAGGCUGGUAUUUUAAUCAAAAUUCACUUCUUCUGGCUUUGCCUCACACAUAAAGUCUUAAAACUUUUUCCUGAUGUGUGAGGGAAAGAUUUGAUACCAAAAAGACGUCAUCCACUCAUUCAUUUGCUUUUUUUAUUUAGCUCUGAGUCUGAGGGGUUAAACAAAGCAUUUGUAAACCUGUCAUUGUCUCAUAACUUGUCAAAAACACUACUUAGCACAAAGGAUGGACUGGCAUCUGUGAUGUAGCUGUUAGGCUCUUUGCUGUCACAUUCAAGAGAUCCAAAUUCGAUUCCCAAGUGGUGAGAAUUUUUAUCGAGUAUCUCGAUCUUUCUACUGCGAUGUUGUAUCCUCAGCCCAGGUUGACAGGCAAAGUCGGAACCUGCCUCCUGAGUGAUUGAAAUUGUGUCAAUUGGGGCUUAUAUUUAAAAAAGAAAAAAACCAGGGCUGGUAUCCUCUGAUGACAGAAAUAUUGAAUUAAUGAACGAUGUCCUCUUGGCUCUGAGUUCUGUAUCGGAAACGUUUGUCUUAUUGGUACUAUUUUGAAUUUAUAUGUUUCAGUAUAAAUAAAUAUGUAAUAUGGGAACCGA